UCGCGGUCGGAGGCGCGCCCUGGGUCUGCCUAGCUGUAGCUGCCGCCGGGUCGCUGCAGCCGUGCCCCCAUCCUCGGCCCCAGCCCAGCCGCUCUCCCUGCCCUCUUCCCCUAACAACCCCCCGGUUUCUGCUGUCGGGGCCCCGGGGCCAGGCUAAUGAUGCCGUCGGAGAGCGGAGCUGAGAACACAGACAGGGCGGCUGUGCAGCUGGGGAGGGUUGCAGCCUCGGCGGUGGCCACGGCCGCCCCGGCAGGCGGCGGCCCCGACCCAGAGGCCUCAUCGUCAUCCCCCGGACGGCACCUGAGUGGGCUGGGAUGGCCACAGGUGAAGCGGUUGGACGCACUCCUGAGCGAGCCGAUUCCCAUUCACGGGCGCGGCAACUUCCCCACCCUAAGCGUGCAGCCCCGGCAAAUCGUGCAGGUGGUCCGCAGCAGCCUGGAGGAGCAGGGACUGCAGGUACUUGGUGUGCGGCUGCAUGGCUCAGCCGCCAGCCACGUGCUGCACCCCGAGAGCGGCCUGGGCUACAAGGACCUGGAUCUGGUGUUCCGGGUGGACCUGCGCAGCGAGGCGUCCUUCCAGCUCAUCAAGGAGGUGGUGCUGGCCUGUCUGCUGGACUUCCUGCCGGCCGGGGUGAGCCGGGCCAAGAUCACGCCGCUGACGCUCAAGGAGGCGUAUGUGCAGAAGCUGGUGAAAGUGUGCACGGACACGGACCGCUGGAGCCUCAUCUCGCUGUCCAAUAAGAGCGGCAAGAACGUGGAACUCAAGUUCGUGGACACGGUGAGGCGCCAGUUCGAGUUCAGCGUGGACUCCUUCCAGAUCCUCCUGGACUCCCUGCUGCUCUUUAACCACUGCUCGUCCACGCCCAUGUCUGAGACCUUCCACCCCUCGGUGAUCGGCGAGAGCCUGUACGGGGACUUCGCCGAGGCGCUGCAGCACCUGCGCCAGCGCGUCAUCGCCACGCGCAGCCCCGAGGAGAUCCGCGGCGGCGGGCUGCUCAAGUACUGCCACCUCCUGGUGCGGGGCUUCCGGCCGCGCCCCAGCACCGACGUGAGCGCGCUGCAGCGCUACAUGUGCUCGCGCUUCUUCAUCGACUUCCCGGACCUGGUGGAACAGCGGCGCACGCUGGAGCGCUACCUGGAGGCCCACUUCAGCGGGGCCGACGCCGCGCGCCGCUACGCCUGCCUGGUGACGCUGCACCGCGUGGUCAACGAGAGCACCGUGUGCCUCAUGAACCACGAGCGCCGCCAGACGCUGGACCUCAUCGCCACGCUGGCGCUCCAGGCGCUGGCCGAGCAGGGCCCGGCCGCCGCCGCCGCCCUGGCCUGGCGCCCGCCCGACGGGCUAGUGCCCGCCACUGUCAGUUACUACGUGACCCCCGUGCAGCCGCUGCUGGCCCGGGCGCACGCCUCCUACCCCACCUGGCUGCCUUGUAACUGACUCGGACCCUGGCCAGUGGGGACUGGGCCUCUCCAGAGCCUGUGGAGGUCUUGACCAGAGACGGUGGCCCCGGGCAGGGGGGCCCCUGGCACUGCUGCAACGCGGGGCCUUUGACUUCCACCCCGAGGGAACGCCUGUGGGCUCCAGGCCAAGCUGGGUUCUUGACAGAUGGUCCCUUCGAGUUACUGUGCCACACUUUUGGACUAGCAUGAUUUGUGGGGGGCAGGGGCAAGCAUGUUGGGGUGGUAGCCUCAAUGCCUGUGGUCUUGGGUUGAUUCACGUGGCCUGGAAAGGCUCUUUCCAGCAGCCUCUGGGGGCUGGAGGCCACACAAUGGCUAAGAUGUGGUCAUUAAGAGAACUACCCACUUUUGGUCUGGUUGGGACACUCACAGGGCCUGCUGGUCCAACCUGGCUAAUCACUGACAGGACUACCUGGAUUGGGAGAGAGAAAGAAGUUCAGUUCAGUCCCUGACUCCCCACGCAGAGCUGUCCAGCUUUCGGGCAGGAGCAAGCAGCCUGGGGCUGGUCACGGCCUAUGCGCCUCCUUGGAGUUGCUUUCUCCUGCCUGAAAGCUUGUUCUUCUGGGGGUGCUGGCUGGGCAUGGGACCUCAUUUGGACCUGGGAGCCCUGACCCAUCUUCUUUUCCAUCCCUAGAUUUGUUACUAUUUUGCACUCUUAGCACCUGCCAAUAAAGAUUGUGUACACCG